GUACUGAAGACAUCUUGCGGUCUGUCACGGUCGCUUACAUUUGGGUUGUUAAAUAUGGUUAUUCUAUACAUUGCCAUUUAAUUAUGUAAAAUAUACAAGACCUCAAAGCUCGAAAAAUAUGUUGCGUAUAAACUAAUAGACGCAAUAGGAAAAUUUCCUUGCAAUGACGCGAUGAUUCCCUUUUAGAAUACUUCUAUCAAGUGUUUCUAUAACCGAUCCAGAUUAUAAUAUCGUCGAAUCGUUUAACAAGUUUAGUGUAUCUGAAGUUCAAGGAAUACACAGAAUGGUGACCUUGAAUAUUUUAGGUGAGCAUAGUGGGCAUGGACGGAAUGGUGGAGGAGAACGGCACCUCUGGCGCAUCAGGCGUCACAGACCCCUUGGCGAGUGCAGCUUCUUCGGCCAGCACCACGCCUCAUGUCGUCGUUACCAGCAUUGUACAACUUACGUUGCCAACGCAGGCACCAUCGGCACAGGUUCAAUCAGUUAUACAACCUAAUCAACAGUCUGUUAUUCAGACAGCAUCUAAUAUACAAUCAGUGCAAUUGCCCAAGGGAAAUGUAAUAUUGGUUAGCAAACCAAGCUCUGUUAUACACACUACCCAAGGAACUUUGCAAACUUUACAGAUAAAGCCUGAACCAAACACAUUAGUGAGUACACAAGGACAAUCUUGCAGUGACGAAAGCUGUAGUGACGAUGAAAACCCCAAAAGAAAUUAUAGAGAAAUGUUAACCCGACGCCCCUCAUAUAGGAAAAUACUGAAUGACCUUGGUGGAGCCGAGAUUGCAGAAAAUCGCAUGGGAAAUAAAGCAGUAUUGGAAAGUGAAGGGUCGCUGUCAUCUUCUUUAUCAUUUGCUCCAGUGAUUCCAGCUGGUGCUUUGCAGACUGAAAGUGGUUUGCAUACAUUGGCCGUGUCAGGUGGCACUGGUGGUGGCGCGAUAGUGCAAUACGCGACAAAUCAAGAUGGGCAGUUUUAUGUACCCGGGCCUAUCCUAGAAGAUCAGACACGUAAACGUGAACUACGACUGUUAAAAAAUCGUGAAGCAGCAAGAGAAUGUAGACGCAAGAAAAAAGAAUAUAUAAAAUGUCUUGAGAACCGAGUUGCAGUGUUAGAAAAUCAAAAUAAAGCACUCAUAGAAGAGCUAAAAUCACUAAAAGAACUAUAUUGCCAACAAAAAACAGAAUGAGGUCCAGCCGGCUAAUCAGGUGUGCCGCUGCCCUGCCGGUAAGAGCCUAGAGGCACACAUAUUUUUCGAAAUUGUACUGCAUUCACAGUACACACUUGGUUUCGUCCAGGUUAAAGUGCCGAGGUGGACUGAUAAGAUGUCAUGUAUAAAUCUCUUAAAAGCAAAAAGUUGUUUUUUGACAAAAACUAUUUUAACUAUUAAAUUAGUGUAGAUAUUCUUCAGCUGCAUCUAACAGUUUUUAAUUUGGAAUCUAAUGUACUUUAACAAUAGAAUUAUCAUCAGUACCAGUUUUACUGAUAGUUGUGUUAUGGAAAACUGGGGAAUAAUGGUUGAAGUAAAUUAAAAAUUAUUUAAGCACAGUCAAAGAGCUGAAAAUACAACAAUCUUAUUGGUGGUUUUAAAUUCUCUGCUAUUAAGGAAAAAUAUUAUAUUUAAAUCUACUCACUGUUAUAACACAGUCUGUUGACUGGAUGUGUAAAUCAACAGUUGAUAUCAUUACAAUUUUUACAGCUUAUUGAACAUGCCUCAUACACAAGUAACGUCAAAUUUGAAAUUGAUUAUUAUCACCAAAAAUUAAUUUGCUAUAAUUGUUACUAAUUAACUAACUAUAUAAAUUGUUAAUAACUUAUAGGUUUUAUAUAAAUCAAUAAAGUAAGGUCAGUAAGUGAUUCAAUGUAACAAAAUAUUUGUACACACGCACAGGGGCAUGUUUUUAAUGCAUUAAUUAUUUCAUCUUUAAUAUUAUGACCAUAUUAUGGUUUGUGUUAUAGGAAGUCAUAUUUCUUUACUAGUCUGUGGGCUUAAUCCAAAAUAAAAUAUUUUAUUAUAAGUAAAAUAAGUCCUCCAUUUCAGAUUGGAAACAUAUUUUUUCAAAUAUUUACAAGAAAAGCCUUGUGUCAAAUGUUUUUUUAUCUUGAAUUGAGUUUUUUUUUGUUAUCUUACAUAUAAAGAAAUAAUAAAAAUGUUUAAUCAUCAUUUGGCAAGCCUGCAAAUUACACUUAACUUUAUUGUGUAAUAUAAUGUUAAGUCAAAAUAUAAAAGGUUAUAAUUUUAAUUCACUUCAACUGUUAUCUAAUAACAUAAAAAUUUAUAUAAAAAGAUUGCAUUGACUUGACAUUUUAAUGUUUAACUUUUGUUAUUUUCUUUUUUAUAAUGUUACCAGUUAUACAGAAAGAUAUUUUAUUGCCAUUUGUAAAUUAUACAACAAUUAAGGUAACUUACGAUUAGACAAAUAUCUAAUUUAAAAGAAUACAUUAAAGUUUUUGUUUCAUCAUUACAAAUCAACCCUUGGUUAUCGAAUGUAUGACCAAAUGUUUUCAAACAAAAAGGAAAACAUAUCAGUCUUAUUUGGCAUCUUUAAUUUUACUGUCAUAAUUAUUUCGACAAUAUUUAUUUAAAUGGGAUAUCAACAAAAACAAAAGAAUACCUUGACUGGACACUUGUGCCAUUUACUAUUCUAAACUUUUCAAUUUAUUUUAAUUGUAUAUAUUCAAUUUUUAUGAACUGCUAAUAUUAUUAACAUUAUUUUCUGUUUAUUGUUGCUCUUUAAAGAUAUAACACAAUUUACAUUGUCAUAUUUUUCUGUGAUGGGACAAGAGGAAGUGAUAGAGUUUACACAUUGUAAUUAUAAAUGAAACUAUUGUAGUUGCUUAGGUAUUCUUAACACCAUACAACGGUGUUUGUAAUGGAUAAGCCAAAGUUAAUGUUUAGUUUUUUGUGCAAUAACAAAAUUGCAAUGUACAGUUUUAGCGAAGUACCGUUAUUCAGUCCUUUAUAAAAAAAUAUAAAUUGAAAUGAAAAGAAAUGUACAUUAUGUAUAGAUAGUAUAGAUUUUAUGUAUAGUGUAUUUUAAAGUUUCAAUUAUUUUGUAUAUAUACAUUUUAUGUAUUUGUGAACAGAAGCUGAUGUUGCAUAUCAUCCAAAAGAAUUCUCAAUUACGCUGAUAAAUAAAAUCCUUAUACAUAUAUAUGAUUUAUACAUCAUUUCGGUUCACGAAAAAUGUAAAAAUAUUUUUGUGGAAGGGUAAUUUAGUUGACUUUUGAGAGUUAAAAUAAGAUUUUUAUAAGCUGUCAUUUGCCAUGGUUGAUAUGUAUAUAGUGUUAAAAUAGUUGUAUUUUAUAUUAUUUGAUCUUAAUUGGAGGUUAUCGUUAUUAUAACAAUCGUUUAUUAUGUUAAAGCAUAUUUAUCAUGGCAAGUGAUAAAAGAUUUAAUGUAAGACAUUGUGAAAAGUGCCUUUAAAUUUAAAAUGAAUAAAGUUUAUACCGACAUAGCUUUUUAUGUUAACUUAUGCUAUUUAUAAAUAUUAAUAAUAUUAAUUGUUUUAAUGUA